AUGGGAAACGUGCAAUUAACGAAUCCUCUAAAGGUUUGUAAAGGACAUCUGAAUUUGUUAAAUCGUUUUAAUUUAUUAUAUAAAAAUUUAGAAGUGAUUAAACAUGGAAUUUUAUUGUUGGAACGGGCGCUUCUCAUCGGUUCCGAGGAUCAACAAAUAAUUGCGGAUAUCAAUUAUCAAUUAGGAAGUGCUUAUUUUUCUCUUCAUGAUUUUGAACAAGCAAAGAAUUUCUUCAUAAGUGAUUUGACUUUUUCCAAACAAUCAAAAAAUGAAGAGAAGGAGGCCGAAGCAUAUUCUAAUUUAUCUGUAGCUUACGCAAUGCUCCUUGACUUUGAUAGUUCAAUUUUUUGUGCUGGAAGAGCUAUUAUUCUAGGAGCAAGAUUAAAUGAUGAUGUUCUCAAAGGACGUGGAUAUUAUAAUUGUGGCUUUGCCUAUUUACAAGAUGCAUUGACUUGUUCUGAAGUUGACAACUCGGCUGGAAAUGCUCAUUUGUAUAAUCAAUAUAUUACAGAGCAACUUCAAAAAUCUGUUUUUUCUUUCAAGUAA